AUGACAAACCCGUUCCAUGCUUCUGCACACCACAUCGAUACAAACACACCCACGGGAAGCUCUGGUCUUCUCCCACGCCGCUUCCCCUACGCUUCAAUCGUCUCGGGGGCACCGCCACACCACAGCCCACCCUACCUCUCGCACCCCGGCCGAACUUCGGUCAUCUCCCAGAUUCUCAACAACUCCGACGACAUCACCUUCGAACCGGCCUCGGGCUACUACGAACCGAUCAGGAGCGACGACAUGGACGCUGAUAGGAACGGCACCAGCCCAAAUGGCGCGUCCGUGAGGUCGUCGCGCGGCAGCCAGCUGCCUUCAUUCUCGAGGGCCUUUGAUAUGUUCAUGGCGAACCCUGCAGGCGAAGCUGCAGGCUCUGGCAGCACACUAGGGGGCGGCUUCUUCGUCCCGUCCUACCUCGCAGGAUCGACAUAUGUCCAGCGGUUGGAGGAGACACACUUGGCAAAGUUGCGGGCGCAGAAGGAGUCCCAGGCAACCCAGGCCCAGUCUGGUGUGAGCUUGCCUACGAGCGCAAGCAGCGUCAGUCUUCACAGCAAGCCGGGUGCCCAUCGAGGGGUGAAUUACGAUGUCAUUGAGAAACCCCCCGCCUUUGAGGAAGACGAAGCGUUGGCCCCGCUACCCAUGAGAUGGAACAGCCUCGACAAGUAUGGUGCUUUGGAUAUCCUCUCAGACGGCCUCGAGGUCAGGUACAUCGGCCCUAGGGGCCAGACGGAGCGCGAUCACGAGGCGUUCUGCAUACGUGCCGACAACCCCAUGCCCCCGCAGUGUGGCAUUUACUACUUCGAGGUCAAUGUAUUAUCGGGCAAGCGUGAUGACAUGACUAUCGUUAUCGGAUUUUCAGGCAAGAGCGUGGGACUUGCCAGACCCCCAGGUUGGGAAGCGGAUUCUUGGGGCUAUCACAGUGAUGACGGUCACUGCUAUGCCGGUCAAACCGCCGGAAAGCCUUACGGACCCUCCUUCACGGCGUCUGAUGUGAUCGGCUGUGGCGUCAAUUUCCGGACUGGCGAGGUUUUCUUCACAAAGAACGGUGUCCAUUUGGGCAUUGCUUUUCGCGAAGUGGGAAAAGCAUGUAGCCUUUACCCGACAGUUGGAUUGAAGAAGUCGGGAGAACACAUCCGUGUCAACUUCGGUCAGACGCCCUUCUUUUUCGAUAUUGACGGCAUGAUGACGCAAGAAAAACAGCGGAUUCAGAGUGAAAUCUCGCAGACUAGCACGGCGAGCCUGGUGCCAGCGAUGAAUGAGACUGAGCUGAUUCAGGCACUUGUUCUGCAAUUCCUCCAGCACGAUGGUUACGUCGAGACGGCGAGGGCAUUUGCGGAAGAAAUCAAUGCCGAAAAGAAGGCACUGAGCCUCGACCCGGAUGCUCCCAUUGAAGGCAUCAAUGUUAAGGACGACGAGCAUGCCAACAAGCGACAACGGAUCCGACGAGCCGUACUAGAGGGUGAUAUCGACAGGGCGCUUAAGCACACCAACGCGUUUUACCCUCAAGUUCUCAAAGACAACGAGCAGGUUUACUUCCGGUUACGGUGCCGUAAAUUCAUUGAGAUGGUCCGGACCGCCGCUGAAAUGAGAGCCGCGUCGGAGACAAAGAAGAGCAAUGGCCACAACAUCGACAUCAGCGCCCAGGCAAUGGAUCUUGAUGCUAAUGGCACCGAGAAUGGGGCCUGGGAUCAAAUGGACACGGAAGACUCCACCGAGGUCCCUCUCGACAUCAACGAGCUCGAGAUUGCGACUCUACAGUACGGGCAGGAGCUUCACGCCGAGUUCAAGGACGACCCCAGACGAGAGGUCACCAAGCACUUGGCGAACAUUUAUGCCCUUCUUGCGUAUGCAAACCCUCUGAAAGAGAAGGACGUCGUCCACCUACUCGACAGAAAAGGCCGUCUGGCAGUCGCAGAGGAGCUCAACUCGGCGAUUCUUUUGUCGUUGGGCAAAUCCUCUCGUGCGGCUCUCGAAAAGAUUUACGCUCAGACGAGCGUCCUGUUGGAUGACCUGCGGGAAAAUGGCGGACCAGGCGCCUUCGUCUCUUUACAGGACGUCAUUGAAGAGAUACCGAAAUCUCAGCCUUUUUAG